AUGAGCAAACAAAACGCACAACAAAUAUAUUCUAAUUACAAAUCAGAUAAUGAAACCAAUACUAUUGAGACUCCAGUACCUCAAUCCUCUAAAGUAGAAGAACAAAUGUCUAAUACGAUAUAUUCCACAGAACAAGUGAGCCCCACAUAUCCUAAAUGGCAAGAAAGAUUUGAUGAUAAAUUUAUACAAAAAAAUGAUUAUCUCUUAUCUAAUUACAGAGCAAAAGAAGGAAUUAAUAAACAAGCACCAAAAUUUUCUGUCAUAGUUAAUAUAUCUGAGAUAUAUGGGUUACCUGGAAUUCAUGAAUAUAUUAAUGAGAAACGGCCUUUAAGAGCUGUAAUUGAUAUUGACGUAUCUAAAGAAAAAAUAGAAGCUGAAAACAUUAAUACUAAAAAUGAAGAAAUUAUUAAAGGAUUGGUAAUUAUGAUAUCAUCUGAUAAUAGUAAAUGCAGUUAUCACCUUCUAUAUGCUCUAACUCUUCUUGUUGAUUAUCAGGAGCUCAAAGAAUUUACAGAAUUAGUAUACAAAUUAACAGGAGAAAAAUAUGUUCAACCACCUACUAGUUUGAGAUAUGAAGUAAGGCCCUGUAUACUUAGUAUAGAAAAAAUAAAUAAUCAAAAAAAAAUAAUCGUGGGUCAUGAUGCGUUAAAAAAAUAUGCGAAUCUAGUUUUGCAGAAGUAUUCUAAAUAUCUUGGGAGUUGGGAUAUCAAAGAAAAAGAUUCUCAAUACGUAUCACUCAUUUGUCAUCUUAGAGAGGAUGUACAAGGUAUUACUCAUGUUUUGAUAAGAGAAUUUCUAAUAUUGCGCAUCAAAAUAUAUCAUGAAAAAUCAGAUUUAAUUAAGAAGUCUCAAGAUUUUAGCAAUGUGGAAGAGGCAUGGAAGGAUGUAGAUCUUGUUACAUAUACAAAUACAUUAAAAAUAGGAGUCUCGUGUACUAAUCCCAAGUUUGAGUAUGCAUUCUGUCUUUUCAAAAGUUAUAUAGAAACUAAUACAGAGACGAAUCAGAUGCUAUUCUGUAUGAGAUAUAUUAAAGAAUACACAUGUCACAUCGAACAAAGAUCAUUAAAUCUCCUAAUUACCGAAGAGGGAUUAUUCCACUGGUUGUUAAAAGCUAAACAUGAAUCUCUCCCUCAAGAACUUCAGAAUAGAGGAAUAUUUCCAGAUGUAGAAUCUAUUAUUCGAAAUAAAGACAUUCUAAUAACAGGUAUGGUAGUUUCUAUAAUAAAAACUACUCCAAAAGCUAAAGAUGAUACCAUGUUAUUAACUGAAACAGUAAAAGGGUAUUCUUCAGCUAUUAAAGCAGAAGAAAUUUCAGACAUUGCUAAUGCCAAUAUUCUCAAUCAUGAGAUAGCUGAACAUCUAGAAAACAAGCCAAGAAAGACUUUAGAAGAAAUAGUAUCACCUGAAUCUAUAACUGAAGAAUUUAUUACAGAUUAUGCAGUUGAGACCAUUAUUCAUGAAGAUUAUAGAAAUGAUAGACUUAUAACAGUUACCCAAGCAGAGAAGCAUCAAAUUUGUCUGGAAUUACUAAAGACCUCAAAACUAGGCUUAUUAAAUUCAGUACUCUUUUCAACUUAUGGAAUAAAGUAUAAAGCUAUAGAUAAUAAUUGCAGAUAUUACUAUCUGGUUAGACCAUUUGAUAGUGAAGAUGCUUUUAAAUUACCUUCAUAUCAGACAGGAGAAGGUCCCUUUUACGAGAAUGGCGAAGAUAUACAAUAUAGAUAUAGUAAACUCUCACCUAAUGAAUUAGAAACUUCUUCUAAUUCUAUUAUACAAGAUACUCAGAAUCUAUUUGAUAUCUGUUAA